GCACUGCCGUCAUCACACGCCAACCUUCUUCAUUUGGCGUCUCCAACCGGUCGACUUUGGCAAAGUUUUUUCACCCCAAAACUAACAUGAGUCAGCAGCGUUUGUUUUUGACGUUCGGAGGUUUGUCCGGGUUAAUUAAAAAUUCGGCCCGCCUUUGUUGGAAAAUCUUUUUAAAUAUUAACAAGUUAUGUCCUCUGUGACUGGAAGAGGGGAGAAAUUUCCUGCCGCCAUCCGAGGAGCGCACUGGAACCCAGAAGUGCAGCAUCACUGUGACUCCGGCGGUUUUUCUUCGUUCGGCAGCCGGACACGGUGCCAACCGGAGGAGCGCCCCACUCCCGAGGGCUCCGGGGGGCCCACCAGGGACGACCCGCACGGGAAUAUGUGCCAGAGAGCGAACGAGGUCCCGUCCUACAAGUCCCUGCCAGGGUCGCUCGGGGAGCGGAUAAGGAUGUCGUUCGGAAGCGGGACGGUGUGCAGGGGCUCUGCCUUGGCGUUGCAUCCCGGCUCUGGGAGGUCCGAGAGGAAAGUUGCCUCCUGCGACAAGUGCUCCGCGGCUCUUGUUGCUCUGAAGAAGCAGGCUCUGAGCCUGGCCGUCCACCAUCACUUCUCCUCCAAGGAAACAAGCGAUCUGUCAGCCUUUCUACACGACAACCUUCGUGUCCACGGCCAUUCCAACAUGGAGUUCAGAGAAGGGGAGCAGGGCCAGUGUGGGUCCUGCGGCGCCAACCUGAACCAACUCAAACAGGAGGCCAUCCUCCUGGCUCUGAGUCGUGGUCAGUCGUUAGCCAAGCCUCCCUUUGGGGCCGGCCUUGGCGCUGGCACGGCACUGGGACAAAGCGGGACAAAGCAUGGAGACAAGUCCUCCAGGGAGGUGGUGCAUUCGCCAUACAGCCCGCACAGCCCCCGAAGCCCCAGGACGCCCCAGAGGACUCCCCAAACACUCCGACGGAGAGGACCCAAGCUCCCCAACCCCGACAUGGACCGCUGGGUGGAGGAGCAGCAGCAGCUGGUGGCCUCUAAAUCGGCGUCCAAUCCAGAUGGUGUCACCAUCAAUUCUCACCAUCAGCAGAAGGCAGACGAUGCCACGCUGACCUGUGGCGUCUCUGGGACUGUUCAGACGACCUCCAAGAUCCCUCACAUCUCCAGAGUGGUGACCAUCGCCAACACUGCCGCUAUGUCCCUUCUGGCCAGGGCGGCCGAGAAGCUCAACUUGACGUUGAGGAAAAAGGGCCAGGCUUCGGAUCCAGCUCCCUCCAACCAUUCCACCUGCUUCAGAGAGAUCAUCCAGAAAAACCCACCGCCGGCUCCCCCCUGCCUGCUCCAAGCUGCCGCUCGAAGCAAAGACUCGCCCGACGUUGACAAGGUCAAAGUCGUGCUGAGGGUGAGCCGAUUGCUGUCAGAGAGCCACGGCCAGCCACCUGUUCUCCGGAUCGACCCGUCCAGGAAGAGAGUCACCAUCAUGGAUCCAGUCACCAAACACUUAUCCUACAGCACAAUGACUCUAGGCAGGGAGAGGAGAAGUCCACUGAAGACCUUCAGCUUUGACGCAGCUUAUUCUCAGGAUUCAGGACAGGCUGAAGUUUGCACAGGCAUCUUGGCUGACGUCAUCCGUUGUGUCCUCAGCGGCAGUGAUGGAUGCGUUUUGGGCCUAGGAUGUGCUGAUGUGGCGUCUUGGUCCAGCAUGGUGGGAAGCAGUGACAACCUGCAGAAGCUCGGCCUGAUUCCCUGUGCCAUCUCCUGGCUGUACAGCGCCAUCGAGCGGCGCAAGGAGAAGACCUGGACCGAGCUGACGGUCUCUGUGUCGGCCGUGGAGCUGUGCUGCGGCGAAGAGGACACCCUCAGAGACCUGCUGGGGGAGGUGGUUCCCUCGCCGAGCAGCGUGCAGGGCAGCCCGAAGGCCCACGUUAGAGUCACCGAGGACCCAGUGAACGGAAUACAGCUACGUAACCACAACCGUGUGAAGGCCCCCACAGCAGAGCGAGCCGCCUCUCUCCUGGACGCAGCCAUUGCAGCACGGCGACACACCGACUUUAUUACAUACCUGUGUCACAGCUCCAUAAUGUUCUUCACCCUUUACGUCCAGCCACCUCGUACUGAGAGCAGCACCAUUGGAAAAGGUUCACGGGGAACCACUAAGUUGACCAUGAUUGAUGUCUGCAGUGGGAUGAGGGGCGUGAGCAAAAACAAGCUUCCUCAUUCUGACUUGGGCUCCAUUGUCCUGGCUCUCUUAAGCGGGAAUAAAACCAUCCCCAGCAAGUCCAGUAAGUUGGCGAUGCUCCUUCGGGAAUCCCUGCCUUCAAAUUGCCACAUUGCUGUGAUUGGUCAAGUUGCUGACUCAUUAGCACAUCUUCAAGAGUCCUUUGCUACCAUUCAGCUGGCUUCUCGCAUUCGCAGGACACAGAAGAAGACAAAGCAGUCGACAUCAUGUUCUCCUUGUGGGCGGAGUUUGACCAAAGAUAAAAAAGGUCCUCGUUAUUUGGCCCUGCGAGCAUUCCACUCCACAGAAGAGGUAGACAUGGACUUCCCAUCUUUCCGGCUACGUGGUGAGCUGUAUCGCUCCAGCAGUGACCAGUCCUGUGACACCGUCAUCCAGAUAAAUUCUGAUGGCUCGGUCCACUCCAAGACAGCCCCAAUGCUGGCACAACCCGAGUUUGUGCCGAUCAUACCUUCUCUGCAUCCUAACAAGUCCGACUUGGAUGACCCAGAGUUCACAGCGCUUCUCCAGGAACUUUUGCUAAUUCCUCAGUUGCACAGAGAAAAAAAGACAGAGGAAACUGUACAGGGGAACAUUGAAGGACUGAGAGCAGAAGGGAAACCACCGGAGAGAGACUGUCUUAAGUGUGACACCUUUGCUGAACUUCAAGAACGUCUGGGUUGUAUCGAUGGAAGUGAGGUAACAAUGGAAGUCCUCAAGUCCUCCUUGAAAGGUGCUACUCUUCAGAAUAUUUUAGCCAAAACACAACCCCAGAAGGAAGCACCCAAAGCCCCACAUACAUUGUUGAAUGUGGGUAAAGGCUGUACUCAGGCAUCUUUUGGGGAAAAGCAGACAGAUGGUGCUGUCCUGACAGACAGUUUUCAGAGGGAAGAUUCCGGUUUGUUUGACUGUGAGGAGUGUAGUGCAAACAGCUCCAGUGAAGAGCUGAUGAAUCAAGCUCUGGGACUUAGCAUGACAUGCCCAUCUGAGCUUCCUAAAACGAGAGCAGUUAAGUCAGGUAACAAUGUCCUAUCCAAACGUCUUGAAGCAAAUUCCCAUAGCAAGGCUACUGCCAGUUUAUCUGAACACCCACCACCGGAGAACCAUGAAGCUGCAGACUGGUUCAAACCAGAUAAACGCGCUUCACCCAUCGGUAAAAGCUCUCCCAUAUCUCCUUCAUCCUCUUGCUCCUCUUCACACACUAUGGCUAAAAGCGUUGUGAUCGGGGAUCACAGCGCAAAGGACAGUAAGGAAAUGAAGGCCACCAUCACGGUGACAGUUCAACAGCCGUUGGACAAAAUGGGUCAAGAUGAACUGGUCUUCUCUAUGGUAGAGGAGGUGACCAUCAGUGGAGCAUACAACAGCGGGAGCACAGGUGGGAACAUUAUUUGUAUCAGAGAGCCUGCACAGUCACAAGAUCAUGGUCAAACCUCUGCUAGCUCCCAACCUAUCAGAAUCAUUGGUGACGUCACUGAUGACUGUCCAGCUUCAGCGCCCCCUGCUGAUCAGUCUGCAAACACAGAACAAUGCAAUGAAAAGGGUCGAAAUCAUUUCAAAAGAGAAAUUAGGUUCUUACCUUCAUUUAUUAACCCUAUGUUGAUGAAUAUGGACUGUGAUUUAGAUGAUGCCAAAGAAGAGAAAAGUACUCCUGAAACCUCUAAAGAUGUCAACUCUGCUUCUGAACUCAAAAGAAAAAACACCAGAAGUGCAGAGGACGAUACUGUAGAUAAGCAGACUCAAAGUUGUGCUUCUGAGAUUCAUCAUCUUAAGAAGCCUGAUAGAACAAGUAGUCUAACUUCCUUUAACCAACCGGUAUCAGAAGAUAAGGAUAUCUGCAAAAAAGCUUUGGAGAAUAAAAUGUGUGAAAAGAGACUUGAAAGUACAGAUAAAGGCCACCCUCGAGAUUGCAAGCAUGUUUAUUCCACACACAGUCAGAAGGUCUCAGAGGGGGUAGACACUGCUUGCAGACAUGUUGGAAGCAACCACAUGAGAGCUGGUGUUGCACCUGGUUGCUAUGAAACCAUACCCGUUUCCUUUGUGACAGGUAGCCUGCCGAGAGCCUGGCAAAAUCCCAGCCACAAAGAGAACCCCUCAAGGGGGGUGACAUCAUCUACUCCAUGUAGCCCUGGGGAAACUCUGGAGAGAAGGCACGGCAGACGGCAAGAGAACCUCCACUGCCUCCACACCUCCUCUCCACAAAAAUACAUCCCAGAGGUCAAACAAGAUUCAGCGUGUGCCCUCAGAAAGGGAAAUGAAUCUCUUUUUACCCCAAGCCCCACAAGGAAACAUGACAAUUCGAGCAGCAGGCAUAGGCCUCCUGUCGAUAACAGCAGUAGGCUUUUUAAUACCAAACUGGAGCAGCUGGCUAGAAGGACUAAUUCUCUUGGAAGAAUCCCAAGAGAUUUCCCAACCAUGGAAAGAGGCAGGAGUAACACUUCUAUGAGUUCCAAGGAAACCUCCAAGGGAAGCAAUCAAGCUAGUUAUAAAGGAAGUCAUAAAGAAAACUAUGAAGGAGAUUGUACCUUUCCAAGGGCCAAUAGGACCCCUAGGAGAAAUCCACGUUCUGACCAUAGUCAUUACUUUUUUCACACUGAAAAUCCUCCGUCUCAGUCUGCCAAGCAUUCUCAUUCCAAGCUUUCUGCUGUUGGAAAACUCAAGAUCGCAACUCCCAAAGUUCGUCGGCAGUCUUCCCCCAGCAUCAAGACUCUAAACAUGUCCCACAAAAGUCUGCAACAUUCCAGCCGCAGUGCCAGUCUGUCACCAGACAGUAAAAUGGUUAGCUUUGAGCGAACGUCCUCAUUUUUUCCCUCUUCUCCACCACAGUCUCAUCGUUCCAUCAGUCGGACUCCAAGCCAAAGCUCCACAUGCUCGUCUACAAAAUCCGCCAUUCAGGGAAUCAUCAACGGCCGGAUCACAGACCUUCUUAGGGAAAGGUCCUCCAGUCCCUCCUCAUGCGGACCGGAUCAGAUGUCCCCUCUUCCCUCGCCGUACAGCCAGGUGACUGCUCCUCGUACACCGGACCAUUUAAGCGGGCACGCGAGCGACACCACUAGUGUGUUGAGCGGAGAUUUGCCACCAGCCAUGGGGAAGACGUCCCUGCAUUUUUCUAACCGGAGCAGCCUGGUUAGCAGCGGGUAUGACAGCUUAGUAAGAGACAGUGAAGCCACAGGAAGCAGCACGUCAAACAGAGAUUCUGUCAGCGACAGGAGUGGAUCUCUGCUCAGCAGCCGAUCAUCACGGAGGAGAGGAAACACAGGUUCCUACCAGCGCCGUCCGUCCCACGACUCCGCCCUGCCCCUGAAACGGUCGGCUAGUGGUCUGGGCUCCCACUGGACAGAGCGGGAAAUACCGGAGGCGUACGAGAUCAAGGUUUAUGAGAUCGACAAUGUGCACAGGAUGCAGAAAAGAGCAGGUGCUGACAAACAGGGCUGUGGAUGCUUCAGCGCCAAGCUGAGGUUUUUGGAGCAUCGUCAGCAGAGGAUCUCAGAGGUCCGAGUCAAGUACAACAGACUGAGGAGAGAACUGGAGCACGCCAAACACAACCUCAUGCUGGAGCCCGCCAAGUGGAACCAAGAGUUCGACGUGUGGCAGACUUUCCAGGUGGACUCUCUGGGGCACCUGGAGGCCCUUGAGGAAGUCACGGCUCGGCUGGAAAACAGGGUCAACCUCUGCAAGGCCAACACCAUGAUGGUCACCUGCUUCGAUGGGUCCACCAGGAGGCGCCGCAAGAAGCGACGAAAAGCACAGCAGCAGCAGAAAACCUUGAAGCAAUUCUAGCUUGAGAAGUUGGCUGAUUUAUUCCUUUUUAAAAUGACCUUAAACCUGAGCAAUUAAAACUGAGAUUAUUGCUGAAUCUUAUUUCAAAUAAGUCUGAUGGUUUUAAAUUAGUCACGGCAUAAUGCGGAAGGAAAUUUCCAGUCACCAGACUCACAGGCCCUUUAGAAGAUUACAAGCACUUAUCAAACACAUUAUACUUCUAUUAACAUUGGCCUUUUAAUAACUAAUUUUAACCAUUGUUUUGCACUGAUAUUUGGUCAAAUAUUCCUUAGGAAGUUUCAGACAAACUAAAUAUUUUAGUGACCAUCUGCAAGGGUUAGGCAGAAUUCUGGCUGCAUCUUUGACAGUCAAUGGGGAAUUGGUGAUCCCAUAAGUUGCAUAGGUGUUCCCCUUUUUUUUUAAGUGUAGGGAGACUAGGUUACCUGCUCUGUGUGGGACUUCACUGCAAUUAUCCCUUUAUGUUCGGCAUCUUAGGGUGCAUUCACACCAAACAAACUAAUCUGCUUUAGUUUGUUUGCCUAGAAAGUCAGUUGUUUUGGGUUGGUGUGAAGGCUUAAUCAAACUUUGAUGUGGAGCAAAAAAGCUAACUGUGGUCCGCCUCAGAAGCUCCAUCUCAUUUCAGUUGAAGUGAAGUCUUGUGAAGUUUGAAUACAAAUGUGAACAUCAAGCGGACCAUAGAUAGCUCCAAAAGCAGGAAGUGGACCAUAGCGAAGGGCAUUCUGGGUAAAUAUAACCAAAACAAACGCGUGUGUCCAGCA